CGACACUCGAAGAUAUGGCCCCAGGCACGUCGUUCCAGCCUGUACUCAAGGACACGCUGGCCAGUGACCCCACCAGCGUCAAACGUGUUGUGUUUGUGUCUGGUAAGCUGUACUAUGACCUGGCCAAAUCCUACGAUGCUACCACUAGCAACGUGGCCAUUGUGCGGCUCGAAGAGCUUGCACCGUUCCCACGCGCCCAAGUGCUCGCGGAGCUGUCCAGGUUCCCGAACGCCGAUCAGUAUGUGUGGUGCCAGGAGGAGACAAUGAACUCAGGGGCAUACGCCUUUGUGCAGCCGCGCCUGCAGUCGCUGCUCCCCGAAGGAGCAGUCCUCAAUUAUGUCGGCCGAGACCCGCUGGCCGCCCCGUUACUGGAGUUUCCAAGGUGUACAAGGCCGAGCAGGCUGCUGUAAUCAACGCCGCACUCGCAUAGUCCGCAUCUUGUCCCCCCCCCUGAAAGAUUAGACGCAUUCUCCUCACAUUGAGUAUAUCCACUUCUCUAUAUGGCCUUGUCGGAUCACUUCCGCGUUUACCAACACAUAUCGGGCAAUUUGCCUUCGCGCUUGGCGAGGUUUUGCGCAGACACCGAUAUGUACGCCACCUAUGCGCCACCAAUACAUUUACAUCGCUUCCCAUCUAUGGUUUUCUGUGCUCUAUGCUGUUGUCUGGUUGCU